AUGUACACAGGUUGUUAUGGAUUGGGGGUGAUCGAGCCGGCUUUGUACAAGAGCACUCUGGAUUUGGACGAGAUACAAUGGCCAGAUGGUCAUAUAGGGAGAAUAUGGUUUUCAUUGAGGUACGAACCAUCCACUGAAAAAUUGCUGGUGUCUUUGCUGAAAGCCAAAAACUUACCAUCCAGGACCAUCGGAACUGUGAAUAGCUGCGACCCCUUCUUACUACCGGAUGAAAGAAGAUACCUCCAGUCUAGACAGAAGAAGAAAACUUGCAAUCCGUACUUCGACGAAACUCUAGUGUUCCAGGUAUCAGCAAAAGACAUGGCAGAUCACACCCUCAAAUUAACCGUGAUUGAUGGAGGUCGCACGAAGAAGAAAUCGGAAAUCGGCCACAUUACUUUCCCUCUAAAGGACCUGGAAAUCGGCGACGGACUCGAACAGGAACUCUUCAAAAUGGAUCUGGAGAAGGAAGCUCCGGAAUACAAGACUGAUCUAGGAGAGCUGCUAAUUUCCUUGGUUUACAACGAAAAUUUAUGCAGACUUACAGCCACUGUAAUAGAAGCCAGACGACUCAAAGUGAGUACAAUUUAUCUCGCCCCCGCGCGGCUCCCGCGCGCGCUCGAGCCCUCCCUGUCGGUUCCGUAUACUUCGGAAAUCUCGCCGGCGAGCGGUCAUUUCUCGCGCGACCGUCUCGAAAUGGCGAAGAUAGAAAGUGAAAACGGCCGCGUCGAUGUCAACAUGAACGGCGACGCCUGGGAGAAUGUCAUCGACAUCGAGGAAGAGAGCGCGCCCAAAUCGGCCGAAGCCGUCGUGGAGGCGGCCCGGAAGGUUUUCGCUUCCGGGAAAACGCGCCCGAUCGACUUUCGGAAGGACCAGCUGAAGAAGUUUUUGACCUUUCUGGAGGAUGAGAAGGAGGGCAUGGUGAAGGCGGUGCAUAAGGACCUGCGGAAGCACCGGCAGGAAUCCGAAACCUGCGAAAUCGAAUUGGUCGCCAACGACCUGCGACAUACGCUGUUAGAAUUGAAAAAAUGGUCGAAACCGAAAUGCCCCGAAAAAAGGGUGGUCAAUUUGCUGGACGGGGUCUACAUUUACAACGAUCCCUACGGGGUGGUUUUGAUUAUUGGCGCUUGGAAUUACCCGAUAUUAUUAUCUCUCGGUCCGAUGAUUGGAGCUAUAGCAGCUGGCAACGCCGUAAUUUUGAAGCCAUCGGAAUUGUCUCCUCACACGGCUCAUUUUCUAGCCACCGUAUUAACCAAAUACUUAGACAAAGAGACUUUCCAGGUAUACUUAGGAGGAAUAGAGGAAACCACCGAAUUGCUAGAAUUUAAAUUCGAUUAUAUUUUCUUCACCGGUUCCACGCAAGUAGGAAAAAUCAUUCACCAAGCCGCCGCUAAAAAUCUAACACCUUGUACGUUAGAAUUGGGCGGUAAGAGUCCCGUGUUCCUGGACGAAUCCGCGGACAUGGAGAAAGCCACCAAGCGGAUCCUCUGGGGCAAGCUCCUCAACAGCGGCCAAACCUGCGUAGCCCCCGACUACGUCCUCUGCACCAAAGCCACCGAGAAGGUUUUCCUGCAGCACGCCACCAAAAUCCUCACCGAAUUCUACGGCGCCGAUCCGAGGAACUCGACCUACCUCAGCCGCAUCGUCACCGAGCGCCACUUCAAGCGCCUGGUGGAGUUCAUCAAGCCGGAGCACGUGGCCGUCGGCGGGAAAUUCGACGCCGAGACGCGCGUCAUCGCGCCCACCAUCCUCGUCGACGUCGAUCCCGACGAUCCCGUCCUGCGCGAGGAGAUCUUCGGGCCGAUCAUGCCGGUGAUCAACGUGAAGGACCACAAGGAGGCCAUCGAGUUCAUCAACGCGCGGGAGAAGCCGCUGGCGCUGUACGUCUUCACCAAAGACAAGGAGGUCAGGAACGCCAUGCUGGCGGAGACUUCCUCGGGGGGCGCUGUGGUCAACGAUACGGUGACUCAUCUCAUCACCGAGAACCUGCCGUUCGGGGGCGUCGGUUUCAGCGGGAUGGGAUCAUAUCACGGGAAGCAUGGCUAUGAUACCUUCUCUCACCAGAAGGCGGUGCUGGUGAAGGACUUCACGGGGUUCACCGAGCUGUCUUUGUCGCUGCGCUAUCCGCCCUACAACGACGCCAAGACGGCCAUCAUGAAUUUCGCUUUGAAGAAGAGACGGGGAGUGCCGAUGGGGUUGGUGAAGAACGCGGGGAUUUUCACCGCUGGUUUAACGUUUUCGUAUUUCUCGCAUUUCUUGUGGUGUUUGAUAGCCGGAUGCAAAUAUUAA